AGAACAGGUGAGAAAGUAGCCGGCCAAGGAGAACUCAAUACUCACUUUCUCUUUCUCUAGAUAUGCCAGGGGCUACGGAAAAGCAGGCCAAGACGCCACCCUUCCAGGCUGCGCUCCACUCGGUGCAAAGGCCACCGGCGAAGCCGUGGAAGAAGCCCGACCACCCGGUGCCGCCCAAGGUGUACCGAGUCGACCCCCGAGACUUCCGCCAGCUGGUGCAGAAGCUCACCGGUGCACCGCAGUCCACCCCGAGGCCUCUCAAAGACACGGCACGACCACCUCCGCCGCUCCUGUUGGCCCCCAGAAAUCCCCUGCCUCCGCCACCGCCACCGCCACCGCCUGUCUUCGACAAUCGUAACUACUUUUCAAUAGAGUCCCUAAAGCCAAUGGAGCAGAAGGCUGUUUCCGGCUACCAGUCUCCGACCGGGCUCGCGGGGCUUUUCUCGCCUUCGCCGUAUCCAGCAUGGUGUUCGUUUCCUCUACUGAGCCCGGGAUCCAUUGCGAUGCUGGAGCAGAGCAGUGGUACUGUGCUUUGAGCAUUGGAGACUACGUUUCUUUUUGUUAAUUAGUUCAGGAAUUCAACUGUCCCUCUUUGAGCAGAGGCCUUGUUCUGUCUCUCUGUCAGCCCGCAUAUGUUUAUUCUUUUUUUUUCUUUUUAAUUUCUCCCUCUACUAGAAGUGGAUGUAUGUUGCAGAAGGGAUGAAUAAAAAAGAAGCCCCAAGGACUUUUUACUGGUGUUCAACAUAA